AUGGAUUCUACAAGUGCUAAACACAGCGAUGGUUUAAUGAAGGAUCAAGAUAUGUUAUCUCGUGAAUUAUCAUCAAACGGAUCGAUAAAGUUGAAUUCCAAAAGCCUAUCCCAUAUUUCAAGUAAUUUAAGCGCCACCAAAAAUCCAAAUGAUACUGAAGAUGCUCUUCUUACACCAACAAAAAUCCAAACACCAGAAACAAGCCAUGGCAGUUUUGAUAUAAAUGAAGACAAAGAAAUUAGCUACAAAAGGUUCAUACAAAAUGCCCGUGAUGAAUAUUCUAUUCAACAAAUGGAGAAAUUUUUAAAGCAUGGGAUUGCAGAUAAUGGGAUGAGAAUGAUGACAACAGACACAAGCUCAUGGUUAUAUGAUUAUUAUAAAGCAACUAAAACUCCUAUUCCCUGUGAUAUAAAAGAGCUUACUCCAAACACAACAAUCGAUUAUUAUUAUUAUACUACACCAUUUCAUACACAAAUAGGAGAUAUUAAUUUAACUAUGAUGCAUAGUCAAGUAAAUUUUGAGGAUGGUACAUGCACACCUGCUGAUCGAAUCUUCAAAAUGCAUAAAAUCACCCCUGAAAUGUCUAAACAAGCUUUGAUAAAAUCUUUAAAGUAUAAAUAUGAGCCUACAAGUUAG